UUCUAAACCAAACCAACCCUCAUUCCGUGAAGCAUAUAAAUGACUUUGCUAGGUUCACAACAUUACAAGUAGUAAGUAGUUCUUGACCCUUUCUCCAAACCUACCUCACUUUUUUUCUCAACAUUUUUCCUAAGAAAAAUGAUGAAAAUGGCUCUUCUUUUGUUUCUCUUUGCCUCUGCACUUACUACCCUUUCAGUUUCUGAGUCCAAGUUUGAUGUUUCUUUGAAACCACAUGCUUUAGAUUCCCUUGAUGUUGGUUAUAUCCAGAUGGAAGGUGCUCAAAACUGUUCUUAUUUGGUGAUUAUUACAACAAGCUGUUCUUCUCCAAAGUUUAUUAGUGAUGAGAUCAGUAUUGCUUUUGGAGAUUCUUAUGGAAACCAGGUAUAUGCAGCGAAACUAGAGGAUUCACUUUCAACAAUAUUUGAGCAAUGUGCAUCGGAUUCAUUUCAAGUAGAUGGUCCAUGUGCAGCACGAAUUUGUUCACUCUAUCUAUACAGACAAGGUUCAUCAGAUGACUAUGGUUGGAAGCCAGAAAGUGUGAAAAUCUAUGGAUACAAUUCAGAUCCUGUUACAUUUGUUUUUAACACCUCCAUUCCUAAAGAUACAUGGUAUGGAUAUAACUUCUGUGAUAAUGCUCCUCCUCCUCCUGCUCCAUCUUCUUCCAUUCAAAUGUAUGUUCAGAAAUGGGGUUUGUUUGUAAUGGUUUUAGGUUCUGUUUUUAGUAUUUGGAUGUAAAUUUUAAUGUUGUUGUGUGCUUUGCUCUUAGAUUCUAUGUUUCCUUUUAGUAUGGUCAUGAGACUUACUUAUUAGUACUUUAUGCAGAAAUUAAGAUGUAAGAGAUGUGUAAAACCUUUUAUUUUGAGUAGAAUGAAAUAUAAAAAAAUUAUGUAAAAAAG